AUGAUCAGCACAUGCCGAGAGCCCCUCAGCUCCAUCUUCGACUCCCGGCCUGGUCUCUCGUUCUCCCUCGUUUCCGCUCUCAAGUCCGCCGCCUCCUCUUUUCAGCUCUUCUCCGGCGAGCAGCUCCACUCCAUCGCCCUUAAGUCAGGCCUUAUCCGCUCCAACCUCUUCGUCAGCAAUGCCCUUAUCCACCUCUACGCCCGCUGUGGAUACCUUCCCAGCGCUCGCCAGCUCUUUCUAUCAGCUGCUCUCCUUAACACUGCCUCCUGGAACAUACUCCUGGCCGCCCACCUCCGCUGCCCCCGCCCUGAUCUCUACCUCGACCAGGCUCGUUCCUUGUUCGACGAAAUGCCUAAUAAGGACCGCGUUUCCUUCACCACCAUGAUCAUGGGUUUCGCCAAACACGGUUCUUCCGUCGAAGCUCUCACUCUGUUUCGCGACAUGAUGGCCGCUGGCGUCACCCCGAACGAAGUCACAUUGGCAAGCGCCAUCUCCUGCUGCUCCCGCCUAGACAGCCCCUCCGCCGGAAUGGGGAAGAUGGCUCAUGCCGUGGCAGUGAAGUGCGGACUCGAUGAGUUACUUUUGGUCGCGACCAAUCUGGUUCACGAGUAUGCUGUAUCUUCAAACUUCGAAGAUGCUGAAUCAGUUUUUGGGGGGAUGUCUGAGAAAAAUACGGUCACUUGGAACGUGCUACUGAAAGGGUAUGCAAAGGCUAGGUUGAUCAAUGCUGCAAGAUCGGUUUUUGAUAGAAUCCCCGAGAAGGAUUUGGUAUCCUGGGGCACUAUUAUCGAUGGAUACCUGCUCGUUAAUAGUUUGGAGGGAGCCCUGUUAGCAUUCCGUGCGAUGUUGCAGGACGUUAAUGCGCGUCCAAAUGAGGUAAUGCUUGUCAACCUCGUGUCUUUUUGUAGCCUCCGCACUGCAAUCAGUGAAGGCCUGCAGCUCCAUUCUGUAAUUCUUAAAGCGGGUUUGGAUUGCCAUUCGUUUGUGCAGGCCACAUUGAUUCAUUUAUAUUCGGAAUGCAGGCAGAUGGACCUAGCUUUCUUGCAAUUCCAGUGUGGAAGCAAGGAACAUAUAUCUUCAUGGAAUGCUGUCAUUGCUGGGUUCAUGCAAAACAAUAAUGUGAAGGCUGCUCAACAACUGUUUGAUGAGAUGCCUGACAGAGAUAUAGUUUCAUGGAGCACUUUGAUUGCUGGGUAUGCACAACAUGGACAGCAUGAAGUGGCAUUAGGACUUUUCCGUGACAUGUGGAGUAUUGGUAUACAGCCGAAUGAGAUCACUUUGCUAAGUGUUCUCUCUGCUGUUGCUGGUUGUAGUUCUUUGGAGGAAGGAACAUGGGUCCAUGACUACAUCAACAGAAACUCUGUUCCAUUAACUGACAACCUGUGUGCUAGCCUUAUUGAUAUGUAUGCAAAGUGUGGUAGCAUACAUAUUGCAAUCCAGUUUUUUGAUUAUGUAAGAGAGACUUAUGCGGGUAUUUCAUCAUGGAAUGCAAUUAUUUGUGGCUUAGCUAUGCACGGGCAUGCAAAUAUGUCGCUCGCCUUAUUCUCAGAACUUUUGAAAACAUGGAUCAAGCCCAAUUCAAUCACAUUCAUAGGAGUAUUGAGUGCAUGUUGUCAUGCUGGUUUGGUAGAUAUUGGACGGAAGUAUUUUGAGUCCAUGGAGAGUGUUUAUAGUUUGAAGCCAUCCAUCAAGCAUUAUGGUUGCAUGGUGGAUCUCUUAGGUCGGGCGGGGCAUCUAGAAGAGGUAGAGGAGUUGAUAGAAUCUAUGCCUAUGGAAGCUGAUGUGGUCAUUUGGGGUAGCAUGCUUGCUUCUGCGAGAACACAUAAGAAAAUAGAGAUUGGGGAGAGGGCUGCCGAGAAAUUGGCCAAGUUGGAUCCCGGACAUGGGGGUGGAAGGGUGCUUAUAUCUAAUAUUUAUGCAGAUGCCGCCCAAUGGGGGGAAGUUUGCCUAGUGCGAAGAGCAAUUUGGAGUGGGGGGUUGAAGAAAAAAGCUGGACAAAGUAGUGUUCUUUAAAUUUUUUAAAUUCAGUCAUGUUUCGAUGAUGCUUUGAUAUUAUGAUGUUGCAGUUUCUUUUCGGUGCAGUUUGAGAGUCAAAAGUUGGAACAUCAAUUAGCUCUUAUCAACUAUUUGGUUGACAAAACCAGCAGAUAUUCCAAAUUCUCCUACCUCCUUUACAAGCAGUGCUACCUUGUCAAGAAUCUCAGCCAAUAAAAAGACUUGGACCAUUAAGCGAACUUCACUGCCUUUCAUGCCAUUUUCAGAGCCUGCAUUCGGGUUUAUGGUAUUUGUUCCAAGGAUAGGAGAAGCCGAACCUUCCAUGCCAUGGUUCCCAUUUUGCAAAAUUUACCUGACACAGGCAGACAACAUGAAGGUAGGCUGAUAUCUACUCAACAAGCACUUUGGCAGCUUGAGGCAAAGGCGAUGUAAUUCUUUAAAAGUAAAUUCAAAUGCGCACACAUAACAAAUAAGUUAUUUUGGGCUGCAAGGUAAGUGCUCAAACUGUGGUACUUAUUAAUCUUGCCAAAAUAUAUUGCCGUAUGCAUUGAA